AUGGUUGCAUACCUCUACAAAGAUGUCACCAUCCCUGACGGCUUCCUCGCUGGGCCAUCCGCUGAGCUCGUCACGAUGGAAUUCGUCGACUUCGCUGCUUCAAGUAUCCCAGAGCACGAAGGCAAGACAGCUGUCGUUAUGGACAACGUUCUAUCAGAAGCUGAAUGUCAGCAAUAUAUGGCGCUGGCAGAGGAGGCAGCACUUUGGGCACCAGCACUGGUCAACGUCGGUAAAGGCUUGGAGUCGUACAUCCCAAAACACCGCUUGAGCUUGCGCAUCGUCUGGGAUCACCAAGGCAUGGUGGCCUUGAUUUUCAGCCGAUGUCUUCAGGUCCCGGAACUCCAGAAGCUCUUGUCCAGACCACCAAAAUUAGACGCAACAUCAAAGCACGGAGCUGUCAACCCUGAACACUGGGAGCUUGUGGGACUCAACAACCGGAUGAGGGUCCUCAAGUAUAUCAAAGGGGAAUACUUUGAGGGAGACGAGGACGGGACGCUUUACGCUUCCUUCUACUCUAUCCAUGUGUACAUGAACGACUCGACCACGGAAUCUCCACCACCAGAGGGAGGUUGUGUGGGAGGCGCGACAGGCUUCUAUUCCGAAGACGAGAAGAGGUCCUUUGACAUCCAAGCCGUGACGGGGCGCGCUCUCAUUUUCCAGCAGAGAGGCCUGCGGCACUCGGGCGAAGUGGUCAAGGAAGGGACAUUAUGUACCGCUAUAUCGGCCCUAGAUGAAGAGUAUGUCAUUCAUGGUCCCAAUGGCCAGGACGACUCGCAGCGUCCUGCAACACAUUGGGACUGGGCCAGGCUCAAGAUAUUUCGAUUCUCCAUGGCUGACUAUUACAACGCGUGA